AUGGCCCAACCCCGUGGAGAAAGACCGUUUUCAUUCCAGAACCUACUCAAGAUGCUGCUCACGCCCAACUCUUCGUCCCGGCCGGCCCACGACGACGCCGACCUGGCUGAGGACCUGGACGAGCCUCCCGAUCAACAUGUCCUCCAUGCCACUCCGAUGCACAAGGAGGAAGGAAUUGUCUUUGCUCGGCCCGCAAUGGUCGGCAAGGAAUCUUUGCUCACGCGUGCCUUGAAGAGCAGCCCGGAGAUGUCCCCCACCGAACCUCAUCCCGCCCUCCAUGACUCCGCAUACACCUACCGAUCCUAUCCUCACAGCAACAUCAGUGGCAUCUCAACCGCCGAGCUGACCAGCGAUGGCGGCCUGACCAGCCCUUCCCUCUCCAACACUCCGAGCCCACCCUUGCCCCCGCAGAUGAUGGGAAAGCACACGCACAUGCACGGAAAGAAGGAUACCACACCCAAGGUCAAGGUUGUGGACACCAACGAGACGACCGUGGAAGCCAAUUUGGGGCGUAAACGUUGUAUCAGCUUUGCCUGUGGUCGGAGGACCGAAGACUCGAUCCAAGUGAAACCCGCCGCACCCCCUCGCCCUGAACCUCAACCUACCUCCACUACGACCAAGGCCCCGGAAGCCCCUCUGCGCCGAACGACGCUUACCUUUGUUUGCCCUGGACGCCAAUUGAAUAUCUCUAGAGAACGCUCCCCGGGUCGUAAGUCUGUUUUCCGAAACCGUUGCCGCGGCUCCCCAGCUCCAGUGGCGCGCAAGCCUUCUGUUGAACGCGUCGUUGGCGUCAAGGAAGAGAAGCUCCCGGCAAUGACCACACCCCCUAAGGGCGUGCCAACCAGCGGCCUGGGCAAGUUUGAGGAAUCCGAGGCUACUCGGUUCCAUGAGUUUGCCAGCUCAGUCGAUGAAGACGACGAGUGGGUGACCAAGUCGACUGAAUAUCCUGAGAAGAUUACUCUGAACGAUUGCAUGAAGAAAGAGAACGCCAUCCGACAAUUAGGCGAAGAAGCCGAACAGGAAGCCCAAGACGAGGAGGACGACGAAGACGAGGACGACGAUAUCGAAGAUCUCGCUGAUGAUGAUUCCACCGUCCACUUCUCCGAUGACGAUGGCAACGAGUCCGACAAUGAGGCUGGCUUCGCGGAAUCGGACGAAGAGGAUGAUGAUGGCUCGGAUUAUGAGUUCUGGGCGCCGUCGGCCGUUUCCUCUGAUUCAAACGCUCCGACCCUUGAAGUUUUCCCUCCUCCCACGACCAUGGAACGCCGCGCCUCAAAUACCUCCUUCGACUCGAUGACCGAUGAUCACCACACAAAGUGGUUGCCGGCACCUGUUCGACGAAUUCCCGGUCGCCGUCCUUCCAAGGGGCUCAAAAUGCGCCCCGGCACCCCGAACUUACCCGACAGUACCGAUUUUGUCUGUGGCACCCUGGACGAGGACCGUCCGCUGGAGGCCGCGUACAAGUCCUGUCUUGAGCAACGCCGUCUUUCCAAACACGUUCUGAUUCCCCAAGACAUCGACCCCAGUUUUCCCACCAGCGACCCAGAGGACAAUGAGGAUCUGGAGGACAUCUCCCAAGGUGACCUUGACGACUUCGUAUUCGAACCAGCUCGUGGUCGGACAGAUGGUCAACCUCGCAAGCCAUCUCCGCGUCAUUCCCCCAAACGUAUGAUGUCGCCGCCUCCUCGCCGGACUGGUCGGACCUCGCCCAAGCGUCUCAAGUCUCCUCCCCCUCGGGUGCGAGCCAAGUCGCCUUCUCCUGAAACGUGGGCUGUGUCAGAGGAAAUGCCAACCAUCGAGGCGCCUCGUGGUGUGAAUAUCAGCCACCUGGUUCAACGACGACCAUUGGUUCGCACCAAGUCGCUGCCGCGGACUCCUAACCCAUUUUUCACCAGUCUGGAGAAGUCUCAACGGUGGCAAGGCAUUCCCCCUCUGACCGAGUCCCCCGAACGUGAGCAUUCGCGUACUCGUGAACUGCAUACGCGUGGCCCCAUCGAUAUUGUUGAGGGCCUUGAAAAGAAGCGCCAGAAACGCAAAGAAAAGUUCUGGCGCCAACACUGCCGCAAAGCUGCCAAAGAGCAGGCUGUGCGGCGGCCGAUUCCCGGCAAGGGAGCCGAACGGAUGAAGGAGCUUGGCCUCGAAGUUGCUGAGAGGUGCAGGGCUUACGGCGUCGGUCAAGAUGCCCAGCUCGUCCUAUCUGUUUAG